CAGAACGGUCCAAAGAACAAGGUGUGCUAGAAGAGAUUCUAUAUGCCUUACAUUCACACACAGUACAUUAAAAAAAUGAAGAAAUUCUUUUCAUGUUUUUCACGGCAAGACGAGGACGAAGAAGGCCCGAGAAAACUACGCAGGAAGAUGGUUAUCGUGGGGGACGGCGCAUGCGGCAAGACGUGUCUGGUGACCCGCAUGACGACCAAAGACUUCGUGGACGUCGGCUACAUCCCGACUGUCUUUGAGACGGACGUCAUAGACGUCAACACGGGGAAGGAAAACGUCGAGCUUCUCAUAUUCGACACGGCAGGUCAAGAAGACUACGACCGCCUCCGCCCCUUCUCAUACGACGAUGUCAACGUUGUCCUCAUCUGCUUCUCCCUAGCCGACCCGGACUCUCUGAUGAACGUCCAGGUCAACUGGUCGCCGGAGAUACGUCACUACUGCGGCAACGCGCCCAUCAUUUUAGUCGGCAACAAAAAAGACCUCCGCGACGCCGAGUCAAAAUCGUCAUCUACAAGAGCGUCCGUGUCAUCGUUAGGGGACGCAACCAAACCAAACUCAGGUGAUAAAAAUAAUUCAGCGGUUACCGCCCCUGAAUCGCCAUCUGACAGUUCGAAGCCAAUCUUUAAAGUCAACGCCCCAGUGAAACACAGCGAAGGCGCGCUUGUGGCUAUUAGAAUAGGCGCUCUGGCCUACUUCGAGACGUCUGCUUUAACGGGGGACAAUGUGGAAGAACUUCUGCUGGCCACAACCAAGGCCGCAGUGCUGGGAACACGUAAAUCUAAAAAAUUUAAACCUUUCGCAGAGACCCUCAAAAGUUGGAAGUCUCUCAAUGCUUUAGUCAAAGCUGAAGAAAAGAAUUAAUUUUUUUUCCAACCUGACUG